GUUUGCUUCGGUUUUGGUAAUUGGGGUUUGCGCGUUUUCUGCGCGCACCAAGGGGCCGUGGAACCAUGCGAUUUUCAAAUCUCGCCGUUGUUAUGACGAGCAUCCUGGCGAGUUUUGGGGAAGUGACGGAAGAUCAAGAGCUGGACUUCUGCGAAGUCUUUGCAGGUUGUCACAUUCUCCAUUCGGGGGCAGAGGCAUGGGGACUGCGGAGUCGCUGCCUGGACGUGUGCUACACACGGAAGAUGAACAUCUUGACCAACUUUGGCUUCAUUCUUCUUCUAUCUGUGGUAAGAAGAAUCCAAAGAUCUGGAACAGCGUGGUAUGCUGUUCCGUGCAGCUCUUGGAUUUGGCUGAGCCGUGGAUCGACGCAUCGAUCUUGGGUGCAAGCAGCCGGACCUAGGCGGGGGAGAUCCAGCUCGGUGCGAAAAGCAAACAAGCUCGCCCGGCGUGUGGCAUACGCGCUUGAGUACAACUUCCGGAAAGGGGUUGAAUACGUGGUUGAGAACCCUUCCUCUUCGCUCCUGGGAUGCUUUCAACGUCAUGGCGCCCGGCGAGUAACCAUCUACCUUGGGUCGUUUGGCGCGCGCACGUUGAAGCCGGUCACGCUGUGGGGCACGGUUGGUCGCCUUUUAAGUGAUCACCUCCUGAGAGUCGGGCAGCAGAGCGCUGGUGCUGACGCCGGCGUUGUGUUCGAGGACUUCGAUGACCUCGAGGGGGACGACAGCGAGCUAGAAGAUCUGGUGUGAUCCAGAUCGAGGCUAGUCAUGCUGCAAGGGGGA